GCACAACUCCUCAAACAGACUGUGCAAUUGCUAGUUUUGUAUCCAAGGCACUGAAUCAGAUUUUUUUCCAGGCAAUGGUUUCACUCCUCCAGCGCUUCGGCUUAUUGCGACUUAGUGUCCAGUUAUUCGUUCAAAACACAAUAUUUGGGCACGAAAUCUAUUCCGAGUCCGAAAGAAGCUGCUUCAGUCUGCUUAAUGGCGUGAGCAAAACAUAUGCAGUGUGCGAGUACAUGCAUCCUGAGUUACGUCUUCCACUGUGCAUCUUUUAUCUUGUCUUGCGGGCCUUAGAUACUAUCGAGGAUGACAUGUCGAUACCCAUCACUACCAAAGUACCUAUUCUCCGUGGGUUUGGCGACAUUCUUGACAUUGACGGUUGGACGUUCGACGGUAACCGACCAUCAGAGAAAGACCGAAACUUGUUGCUCAACUUCGAUAACGUGAUUUUUGAACUCAAGAGGCUGAAUCCCAAAUAUCAGCUUAUCAUCAAGGGUGUAGCUGCCCGAAUGGGUAAAGGGAUGGCAAACUUUUGGGAAAAGGGAGACACGAAUGCAUUUCGGAUUGAGAGUAUCCAUGAUUAUGAUCUCUACUGCUACGAUGCUGCUGUCAGUGUUGGAGAAGGGGUCUCGAAGAUGUUGAUCGAAGCGGGCUUUGCAACAUCAGAAGUCAUGGAGCACGACAAAAGCGUGGCACUAUUCUUUCAGAGAGUGAAUGCCAUCCAUGAUGUGAAAGAAGACUAUGAUGACAAUCGCCAGUUGUGGCCACGGGAAAUCUGGUCUAAAUACGUUGACAACUGGGACGACUUGUUCAAGCCGGCGAACAGACAGUCAGCGCUCAACUGCGCAUCCGAAAUGAUUCUUGAUGCGCUCGAACAUGCUGAAGGCUCUAUUCUGUUUUGCUCUGGUAUUACCGAGAAAUCUGCCUUCAGUUGCGUGGCUAUGACAGUUCUGAAAGCCGUUAUACUACUCCGAAUUUGCCUUUGCGACGAGGCUCUAUUUUGCCAUGAGAUUCCCAUACCAGACCAGCAAAAGCUCGAACUGAAGUCUCUGCUUGUUUCAGAUUGCCGACAAUUCUAUCAUAUGUUCAGAAUCCAUAUCCAGAGUAUACGUCGAAAAGCCUAUGCGUCGAGUACACAGAGUCACAAUAUCUUUAAAGUGUGCGAAAAGGUAUCUCGGAGCCCCUUUCUCGUAUUUGACGAGAGAACUAUAGGUCUGCUGACUUUCAAUAUCACAGAUUGAAAAACAAAUUGAAAAACAAAUUGAAAAUAUAAUCACACUUCAUUGAACUAUAGUAACGGAUCAGGGCCGAUUCAUUACUUGGACCAGGUUGUCACCGAACAACGGCAUGAUCGAGUGGAUUCUUCCUAUAGUGUGG